GCAAAAUGAAGUUUCAGACACAGCCUUGUCCAUUACAUACGCAAUGAGCGGUAAUAUUGACGGCCUCAAGGAACUGUUUCGUAACAGACUCGCGGGGCCGAGCGACAAGUGUCAAACCCGAGGGUUCACCUUGGCCAGAUGGAAUGCACCAGUUUCCAAUAGUGGAGUUCCUGUUGGAUGCAGGAGCAGCGGUCGACGACGAAACCUAUGAUCACGUAUGGGAUUUUACUUUUCGCCAAAAAUGCACCGAUCAACAAUGGAUAGCUCUGAGUCGCAUCAGACGCAGUAAGGGAAGAAAUUGGAUCGGUGACCAAAACUUUCCCUUGAUACACUUGAUUGUAUUUGGUAUAAGCUCAAAGCCACUCAUCGAAGAGCUCGAGGAGAACCCGACUGCCGUCUACCAGACGGACGCCAAGGGGCGUACGGCGCUCGACUGGGCUACAGCACGAGCUCAAUCAGGGGAUAUGGAACUCCUCAUACAAUACGGCUCGGACGUAAACACGAUGGAUCACAGUGGUCGCACCACAGUCCUACACGCAGUCGACAGCCACAACUAUGAAGCUCUCAAAAUGGUCUUGGAAGCCGGUGCGAAUACCAAUCCUGUCAUCCCGGAGGGCCUGCAUCGCAGUAGCCCGCUUACGUCGGCCAGCUUUGGCGGUUUGACGGAGAUGGUCGAUUUACUCCUAGAACAUGGCGCCAGAAUCAACACACCCAAUCCGGAAGGUCGGGCGGCACUGCACACAACGAUAAUCCGCAACAACCACGAGAUUCUGCGCAGUCUCAUAAAGAAGUGCGAUGGUACCUGCUUGAGGGACCUCAAGCUGCUGCCUGUAAUCGCCCAACAUGCGGACGAGCAAACCAGGGCGAUCCUCGAGUCGUCCGGCCAGUUUACGGAAAUCUAAUGGCCUCGAUCACGAUGACAUUCGAGAAACAGUAUAAUAGCAGAAGGAGUGCAGCAAAAACCUACGCGUCGCGUUUGAUAG